AUGUAUCAGCCUCAGGGACCGAGUGAGAGCAGCGUGCCAGGUAUCGACGCGGGCACAAAGAAACGCUUUGGCGGCUACCCGAAGUUACUGAGAAAUUUUCCAAAGGCAGGUAUGGAGAUGAAGAAAGAUUUGGACACGUGGUCUCAGGCUGAGCCUGCGGGUGCUCGCUCCGCGUUCUCGUGGUACAGGUGGAUGACCCUUUCCUUCAUGGUGGUAUUCCUCACCGUUGGUUUGUUCAUGGGCCUGCUGAUUGCGUACUUAGUGCAAGAGCGACGUUACUUUAUGGAAACGGUGGAACUGAGGGGACUACUCUAUGAUUCCGACUUACAGGACGACACUUCCGCGUUUUCCAUAGUGCUCUCCAACACUCUAAACACAAAGAUAAAAAAAGUCUUCACUGCUUCAUCCAUCGCCCAUCAUUUUGUGGACUGUAAAAUUGUGGCUUAUGGGAAUGUUAAUGGUAACGUCAUGGCAACCUUUCGUCUGGUGUUCACUGUAGCCAAAAUCCAGGAGUACUCAGACAGCUUUGUCCAGGACCUGCUGAGGUUUGGUCUGAAGGCCGAGCUUAACGGAAAACCUGUCGUCGUUCCCCAGUUUGGUGAAAUCAGCUCCAUUACUCUCCUGGGCGCCAGUGGUAAAUCAUUUUACAGUAUUGGAGAUGACACAAGUCGUUGCCCUGUGAACACGUUUAGCUGUGACAAUGGAGAGUGUGUCACCAAACCCAACCCGGAGUGUGACUAUAUACCCGACUGUGCUGAUGGCUCUGAUGAAGCCUAUUGCUCCUGUGGUACGCGGCCAGUGAUGGGCAGUCGUGUGGUGGGGGGUGAGGAUGCCCGCCCAGGGGAGUGGCCAUGGCAGGUGAGUCUGAGACUGCGUGGGCGUCACACCUGCGGGGCGUCGAUAUUAAACCAGCGCUGGCUCGUCAGUGCUGCACAUUGCUUUGAGAGGGAUAGAGACCCACAGGAUUGGAGUGCUCUGGUGGGCUCCAGUCGGGUGAACGGUGAGGACACAGAGUCUGUGACCAUCAAUAUCAAAUCCCUCAUCGUGUCUCCACAAUAUAACCCCAUCACCACUGACAGUGACGUCACCGUACUGGAGCUGGACACGCCCCUGACCUUUACCCCCUAUAUCCAGCCCGUCUGCCUGCCCUCUGCGACCCACAUUUUCAGACCGGGUCAGAACUGUAUCGUGUCCGGCUGGGGUGCACUGAGCCAGUUUAACAGUGAGAUCCCACACACACUGCAGAAGGCAGUGGUGAAAAUCAUUGAUUCUAAAGUGUGUAAUAAGUCAUCCGUGUACAGAGGAGCAAUAAGUGAAAACAUGAUGUGUGCAGGUUUCCUGCAGGGAAAGGUGGACUCCUGCCAGGGUGACUCUGGUGGGCCGUUGGUGUGUGAGCAGGCUCCAGGGCGGUUCUUUUUGGCGGGCGUGGUCAGCUGGGGUGUUGGCUGUGCUCAGGUGAAUAAACCUGGUAUUUACUCACGCGUCACGAAACUGCGGGACUGGAUCCUGAGCCACGCCGAUCCGGGCUCUGUUCACACCCUCGUGACCACGCCUCUUCCUCCAAAACAGCUCUCCACGGAACUUACAGCGCCCCCUAGCCCCACAGAUGUGUCUCUGUGUGUUCUCUCAGCGUCAGUGAACUGCACAGGGCACUUUGACUGCGGUGCUGGUGUGUGUGUCAGUAAAACCAACCCAGAGUGUGACGGCGUGAGAGACUGUCCUAACGAGGCAGAUGAGAGACACUGUGACUGUGGGCUGCGGCCGGCCAUGGGUCAGCAGAGGAUUGUGGGCGGGGAGACAGCACGGAGGGGGGAGUGGCCAUGGGUGGGCAGUUUACAGUUCCACAGAUCUCACCUGUGUGGUGCCACUCUUAUCCACUGCAAAUGGGUCCUCACUGCCGCGCACUGCUUCAACAGAGAUCCAAAUCCUGCAGGCUGGACCGUGAGUCUUGGGUCUGUGCUCCGGUCCGGAUUCGCUGCUUUAGUUAUCCCGAUCCAGAGGAUCAUCAAACAUCCAAACUUCAACAGCACCAACAUGGACUUUGACGUAGCCCUUCUGGAACUUUCUGUUCCGGCGCCCAGGUCCUACACUAUUCAGUCUGUGUGUUUACCCUCUGCCACACAUAGCUUCCACACACACACGGAGUGUGUCAUCAGCGGGUGGGGAGCCCUGAGAGAAUACGGGAAACUGACCGCCCUGCUGCAGAAGGCCCAGGUCAGUAUUGUUGAGCAGAGGGAGUGUGUGCAGUCGUACGGCAGUGGCGUGACGGACAACAUGCUGUGUGCUGGAUCUGUGGACGGAGGGAAAGACACGUGUCUGGGAGACUCGGGUGGGCCGCUGACUUGCCGUGACCCGCUGGGUCAGUGGUUCGUGGCCGGCGUGACGAGCUGGGGACACGGUUGUGGGCGCAGUGGGUUUCCGGGGGUUUAUAUGCGAGUCACCUCCGUCAGAGACUGGAUUUCCACUUACCUGCUGUUUUAG